AUGCAGUUAAUAUCACCACUUCCCAUAUCAGAAGAGAGUAAUCCUGGAACUGCUUUUCCCGAGAACAUACAGCAAGAUAAGGCCCCAGCUCUAGAUCAAUUCUUACUAACAGACAGCUACAACGAUAUUGACAUGGACCCAAUAUUAACUGAUACGACAUCACCUUCGUUGAUCGAUUAUAUUUGUGAUACAGAUUUAAAUUCUGAGCUCAAUACUAACGCAUUAUUAACACCAUUACCUCAAACUAAACUUGUCGUUUACAGUGAUUCAGAUACUGAGAAUACUUACACUUGA